AUGAGCCGCUGGGUCCCAGGACUCCAGCUGGAAGCAGAGCUGGUGUGGCUUCAUCUCCACUCCUCUUCCUCAACCCUCAACAUCUACUGGGAGCUGAGAUUGCUUACCAGAGCCCUCGCCUCCUCAAGGUCACGACGGCUCAGUAAUUUUGAACUGAAGUUUCUGAGCUUCAGGCAGGAACUGGACCACUGCAGCAUGUUCUACUUGCCUGAGACCAGCAUGUCCUGUGUUCUCAACCAGGACUGCAUUUUACCAUGUCGGAUCGAUGACAGGAUUGAUUCUGUACGUUGGUCGUAUGAAAAUCCACCGUCUGAGAUUGUAAGUUAUGACCAGGGUAACAUCAGCUACUCUGAGAGCUUCAGAUCCAGAGCGUCACUGUUUGAGGAUCAGAUCUCCAGAGGAAACGGCGACCUGCUGCUGAGAGGAGUGAAGGUUGAUGAUGAGGGAGGAUAUAAAUGUAUUCCUGUGAUACCUAGGCAGCCCAGUGAUCUGGAAUUAGCUAAACUAGGAAUAGAUCCACCUGCCAUGUAUUAUAUAAUUGUUGUUCACCUUGCAGUAGAAGAGAUUUUAUUUUUUGGUUCCUUCUUCUGCUUAAUAAUUCUUCAUUUUCUCAUAUUGUCUGCAGCUCCAGUCUCUGACAUCAGAAUCCAUCAGGAUGGAAACAGGAUCACCUGGAGCUCAGAGGGGAUCUACCCUCAACCUGAACUCACCUGGUCCACUGAGCCUCCAUCCAACACGACUCUGCAGAACAGAACCACAGUCCAUCAGACUGAGGAGAAGCUUUAUGACAUCAGCAGCUCUCUGACGGUUCCAGACAAUGAGACUGAUCGGACCUACAGCUGCACCAUCAGAACCAGGAGGAACCAGAGGAGAGCAACUUUAAAUAUUCCAGCCUCUGUUGAUUUCUCAGGAGCUGAAGUUACAAUCUGCUGCACAUCUUCAGAUUAUUAUGGAACCAGUUUGGUCUGGAGGUUCAACCACCAUCAGAUCAUCCUGACCAAGACUGACAGAAACAUCUCCAACAUCUCAGAGGAGUGGAGGAAACAUGUGAGGAAUGUUUCAGCGUCCGGCAGCCUCACCUUACAGGAUGUGACCUCAGAUCAGGAGGGAGUUUACAGCUGUGAGCUCAGUGGUGAUGAGGAGACGAUUAUAACUCACCUCUAUCUGAAGAGGACUGGAGAGAAUCUGGUGGUUCCUGAACUCAUCAGACGGACGGUGGUUUGUGUUGUGAUUGCAGCAGCAGCAGCUGGAUUCAUAAUGUUCUACAAGAAGAAAAUGGAGGAAAGUGAAGCUCUGCAGCUUUAACCCUUUCAUUCACAUUCAGAGAGUGGUUUUGUUUUAAUGCCAUUCUCACAUUUUACCCGUCAAGAUGAUUCAUGAGCUUUGAUGUAGUUUCACAAAAUGAUCAGCUCUUCAUGUUCUUCAGGUGAUUCUCAUGUUUGGAGACAUUUCUGUUUUUAUUUUUAUGAUGAUUUCAUCUCCUGCCCAGCAGGGGGCGCAGCUAAAUAUAUUCUUUAUAUUCUACCAGUUUCUCAUAAAUG